AUGCUAUUGUUUCGUCAACAAGAGAAAAUUUUCAUAUUGCUUAGCCGACCACUGCUGUUGAUCUGCUCUGUGUGCUUUACGAUAUUGCUCAUAUUCUACGCACUGCGUGCCCCCGAUUCCAUCAACUUCACCGCCAAAAAUGUAGGCUAUGUCCCAAGCAACUCAUCAUCCUCGCUACAUCCUCCUGCCAAAGAAGAUGAAAAAUGUAACUUGUUUAAGGGUCGUUGGAUUUGGGACGAGAAAGGUCCUUUGUACACGAAUUUCAGCUGUAAAACGAUCCCGGACAAGAAGAAUUGUUUCUUGCAUGAGAGGAUGGAUAAGGAUUUCCUUCAUUGGAGAUGGAAGCCCGACGAAUGUGAACUUCCCGUCUUCGAUCCCAGGAGCUUCCUAAGCAUCGCACGGGGAAAAACAAUGGCUUUCAUAGGUGACUCAGUUUCCCGGAAUCAGAUGGAAUCGCUGCUCUGUUUACUGUCUACGGAGGAAACCCCAAAAGACGUAUACAAGGACGCCAAAGACCGAUUCAGGACAUGGCAUUUUCCUCAUUACAACUUCACAAUGAUGUCCCUCUGGUCCCGAUUCCUUGUCACUUCCUCGCAGACAAUAGUCAAUGGGUCAGUAACCGGCGGUUUUGAUGUGCACCUGGACAAGGUUGAUGAUAAUUGGGCGCCCAAACUACCAGUCGUAGAUUAUGCCAUUUUUUCGGAUGCCCAAUGGUUCCUCAGGCAGAAUUACCUAUACGAGGGUGGCAAUCUUAUUGGAUGUAUUUACUGCCAGGAGCCUAAUGUGACUGACCUCGGUCCGGGCCUUGCCAUCCAAAGAGCAUUUAGAACCGCUUUUAAGUACAUAAACGAUUGCAAGAAUUGCUUUGGGAUUUUAACUUUGUUGAGAACAAUUUCGCCAUCCCAGUUUGAGAAUGGGACAUGGAAGACUGGGGGGAGCUGUGUCAGAACGAGCCCAUUAGCCCCGGAGGAGAUUCAGGACGCUGGUGGCGCAGACAUGGAGUACAGGAACAUCCAAAUGGCAGAAAUUGAGAGUGCCCGCAAACGGGGAGAGAAAAUUGGGAAUAGAUUUGAUGUUCUAGAUGUCACUGGGGCAAUGCUGAUGAGGCCUGAUGGCCACCCUGGAUUACACUGGCGAAACAAAAAGAAGGGAUACAGUGAUUGUGUCCAUUGGUGCUUGCCUGGGCCUAUUGAUGUUUGGAAUGAAUUUUUGCUUGAGGUGCUCAGGAGACAAUCCCAUUUUCCUCUUCGAUCCAGAUGA